CCGCGCGCGGCCGUGCGGUUGUGUGGCGGCGGUGGAGGGGAGACCUUCAGUCAGUCGUGUCUCGGUAGAGUGAGUCUGAGUCAGUGAGUGAGUGUGUAGAGGAGACAAGCUUUAGUGCUCAUGCCCGAGUACACCAUCACCAUGGCAGACCCAGCGAGGUCUGGAGCUAAGAUGGACACCCCUGAGGAUCUGCGAGGUUUCAACCUCUUGUUCUUCGUCACUGAAGCGGUGGGGUUGAUCGCUGUGAUUUUGAUGGCAGUUUGGACAGCAAACUAUCGAGGAGGCUUUGCCUGGCGCUCUGACCCUGCUCAUGAGUUCAACUGGCAUCCCUUGCUCAACACUAUUGGAAUGAUAUAUCUAUUUGCCAAUGCUAUUCUUGUGUAUCGAGCAUUGAGAACGAUUCGCAAGAAAACACUGAAGAUCAUCCACGGAGCCAUCCACUUCGUAGUCAUCGUACUAACGGUGAUUGCUGGCAUCGCAGCGUUGGACUCCCACAACCUGGCCAAACCUAAUCCGAUACCCAACUUCUACUCACUGCACAGCUGGCUGGGUAUUGUCACAGUUGUCGUCUAUGUUCUCCAGUGGAUAUUUGGAUUGACCGCUUUCCUGUGGCCGGGAUAUCCGUUGCACCUGCGAACAGCAAUUCUCCCGGUGCACACAUUCAUGGGUCUGCUAGCAUUUGUCCUGGCUAUAGCCACAGCCUUCACUGGACUUACCGAGAAAGCUAUCUUCUCUGUGACUGGCUACUCUUCGUUCAUCGGGGAAACAUACCUGAUCAACCUGAUGGGGCUGGUGUUAGUGCUGUUCGGAGGGCUGGUUGUGUACCUGGCGACGGAGGUCAAGUAUAAGCGAUAUCCGCGCCCCGAGGACAGUGGAUUACUCACCAGCUCUUCAGACUAGAUUCGUUCGGUCUCCUCAGAAUGUAUGUUGUCCGUUAGGUGUAAUGGAACCGUUCCGUAACACAAGUUGUUAACUGCUCUCCCUAAGAUUCAGUUUGAUUCCAGUUCUGAGAUAUCAUUCAACAUAGUUGAGAAUAUCUUUGAGGAAGUAAGUGUAAUUAUUGUAAUCUGUCUUCUUGUAAAAUGUAUUGAACAGGGUUACAUCUUUUUUUUGUUGCAUCCACAAAAUGUUUCAAUCUGUCAACCUGAUCAUGUGGAGCUUAAUCUAAAAAACAUAGACCAACUUUUACCUGAAUACGCUUAUCUGUUUACAGCGGACUGAUGUAUGAAAAAUAAUGAAGUCAACCAAAAUGGUACUAUUAUAUUUUUUAUUUUAAAAAUGUGUUUUAUUAUGUUAGCAUUGCUCAAAAAUAAUUUGUAUUUUGUAGGUGUUUUUAAAAUCUAUUCAUAUUAUAUUAGAGAAAAUGUUUGAGUACUUUUAUUAGCUUAUACUAUAUACGCAACACUAAUUCUACAGUUAUUAAAGUAGUGUGCAAACUAUUUUUAUAGAUAUUUUUUACUAGAACCGCAAUUAAAAUAUUAUGUUAAUAAAUACAACGCAGAACGUUUUGGGUGUUGCAUCCUCAAAUAUCUUAUGUGUACGUGGAAAAGUAAAUAUUUAUUCUUAAAUUUUAAAUCUUUUUAUUAUUUAAAGAAAAGAAUACCUUCAUAAGUAAUUUGUUCAACAAUUUUCAGAACAUUAAUAAAUAAAACUCUUGUUAUAAAUGAUGACUGUAACUUUUCAUUUAGAUUGUAAUGACUUCUUUCCCCCCUUUUAUUUCAAUACUUUAACAUUUUCAAAUAAAAAUCUCUAAUAGAGAAAAAAAAGCAGUGAAAUUUGUUAAAAAUCAACUAAAAUUGUUUCAAAGUCAGUGUUCUGUUCUCUUGAAUAGUCUCCUUAUUAUAACAUUUCUUUAUGUUUUUGAACUGCAUUCUAAUUGGCAUGUCUCUGAAGUAGAAAUUUGUACAGCCAAUGGAUUUGAAAUUCAAUCAUCAGCUGAAAAUAAUAUAUAUUGCCAGCAUAUGAAUAGAUAGGAAAUAGUGCGGUAGGAGAUGUAAAAUUGGGGCAGGUCAUUAAUCCAACAUCAGAUAGUUUUUCAUCACCAGCUAUUACAAAGUAAAGUUAUUCAUUACUGAGAAAGAAGUUAGUUCUUAAUGCCAUGGCACCUUCUACAUAUAGCUGAACUUGUCAAAGGACUGCACUGGCAGAGUUUGGGACUCAAUUACAUUAUGUAUCCCAAAUCGCAGACAAUGUUAUCAAAAGAUGUCCUGCCAUUUGUAAUAACCCAUUUCAAGCUAUUGGCACUAGUUUAAUAUCAGUUUUUGUCAUAUUUAAUAUCCAAACCGGAUGUCACUAGGAAUUUGUACUGGAUCGAUACAGAUUCAAACAAAAAGAAAUUUAAUAACCACCGAAAAACGUUGUAACAACAGAUUGCGUCCAUUGUCAUUAUGAGUUCAUCUAACAACACACAAACAUGACUACUAUGAUUGAUUCUUCUGCCAAGUGCAAAAUGUUAUUUGAUUCUUUCAAUCUGAAGGACUAACACAGCAGAAAUUCACCAAAGAAUCUCAUAAGUAUAUGGUAAGUAAAUCUGUAUGAGUGAUGGUUUAGAGCAUGAGUGGUGUGAAAAACUUAAAAAUAGACAAGUUAAUGACAAAGGAGGCCAACCACAUAUUUAUCUCAUUUUAAUUGUAUUACAUUUUUUUUGAAGAUUGCUAAUUAUUAAUAUAAAGAAAUUGAACAAUGAGCCAUUAGAAUGGUAAAGGUAGAGAAAUAUGUCCAUCUUCAAUAAAUACUUUUUAAAGAUUUAGUUUUUGCAAUGAUAAUUUAAUUUUUUUAGUUUCAUUAAGGAUUGUAGUGUGGGAGAACAGAGGGAUAGGGUUUCCAAUUUUGCCUUUCGAGCGAAAUCACCUUUUUCCAGAGCACUGCAGUGAGAAGAAAACUUGGUUGGUAGCUCUAAUCUUUCUUUAUUUUUUAGCUGGAUCUACAAAUUCUCAGAAAUUAAAUUUUAAUUAGAUUACAUAAAACAGUGAAAACUUUGGCAACACUGGGCUUGCAAAAUUAUGAUUAUUUAUUUAGCAGUGCAAACAGCAGUUGAUAUUGUUUCUAAUUUUCCACAACAUGGAUUGUGUUGAAUACAUAUGCUUAAAGAACUUUUAAAUGUAAGUGGGCUCAAAAUUUACAAUUUUAGUUUUAACUAAAUAUUUAAAUCCCUGUUUAUUUGGGGAGUAUUCUACCUCUCCUCCCCCAACCAUAUGGUGUCUAUUGUUCUCCCAAAGAUAAUUUUCCAUUAGUCUGGUUUCAAUGUAAGUAUUUUUGUGAUACAAUAUGGUGUAAUUUAUUCAAAGAUAAUUGGUGCUGUUUAGUGUGUUGACACUCUAAGUUUUACUAUUUUAUUUAACAUUAAGAUAGUUUUAGUUAUGUAGAUUGUAUUUAUCAUAAGGCUGAUGUACAGUUAAUUGAUGUUAUACUUCAUAAAUAGGUAAGCCUAUAUCUGUCAAUAUAAUACAACAUUGAUUUCAAAUAAAGAAACAGUGGUAAUUAUUUAAAAUUAAUAAGUGUGCUUUAUAAAUCAAAAGGGAAUUUUAAAAUCAGAAGGUUCAAUGUUGAAUUUGAUUUCUUGUUGUGUUUAACACACCCUGUAAUACAAGAUGAAAUAUAACAUAUUAAUCCAUGA